CUAGUCUGACAUUUUUUACAACAGUUGGGUGCUUAGCAUUCAUCACCAUGGUUAUUCAUUACCAGGACCAGCAUUAUGACCGUCUCAAAAACCAGUGUCGUCGCCAUAACCGCCUUUUUGAGGAUCCCACCUUCCCAGCAAAUGACCAAUCCCUGUACUACAGCCGGAGUCCCCCCAGGGUGGUGGAGUGGAAGCGUCCACAGGAUCUGGUGAGAGUACCCCGCCUGUUCCCCGCCAGCGGCAUCAGUCCACAUGACCUGCAGCAAGGCAGUCUGGGUAAUUGCUGGUUCGUGGCAGCUGCAUCCUGUCUAGCUACGGACCCCUCUAUAUGGAAGAAGGUCAUACCUUCCCCUCAGGAACAGGAAUGGCCCAGCCCUGGGGGGGGCCCUCACAGUGGGAUCUUCAGGUUCCGAUUCUGGCGUUUUGGCCGCUGGGUAGAAGUCGUUAUCGAUGACCGUUUGCCGACGGCUGGCGGAGAGUUAAUUUUCUGCAGACCGGGCCGCAAGACUGACGCCUUCUGGUGUUCACUGCUGGAGAAAGCUUAUGCCAAACUGAUUGGAAGUUAUGAAGCUCUGGACGGGGGAAGCACAGCCGAAGCUCUGAUUGAUUUCACUGGAGGAGUUUCUGAGCCCAUCGACAUUCUGGAGGAGAAGUUCCGAUCAGAUGAGGCAAAGAAGAAGCUCUUCAAGGCCAUGGUGAAGGCCCAUUCCAGAGCAUCGCUCAUAUGCAGCUCUAUUACGCCGGCGGCAAAUCAGUGUAUGGAGGAGGUCCUCUCCAGCGGCCUGGUCACCGGCCAUGCCUACAGUGUUACGGCGGUUAGAAGCAUCACCCUUCACUCGGGGCUCUUCUCCCUUUUUCGGACUCAUAAACUGCGCCUCGUCCGUCUGCGCAAUCCUUGGGGGAGUGGAGAGUGGAAUGGGGCCUGGAGCGACGGGUCGGAAGAAUGGAAGAAAGUGAGCCAUAGGCAGAGGAAGAAAAUGGGGGUCACGGUGGAUGACGAUGGAGAAUUUUGGAUGAGCUGGGAGGACUUCUGCACUCACUUCACCGAUGUCACGCUGUGUCGGCGGGUGAACACGCACUUCCUGAGCACCCACAAGACGUGGAAUGAGGAGUCGGUCUUCUCCUCCUGGAAGCAGCAUUCUGAUCCGCUGAAGGACCGGAGCGGUGGAUGUCCCAACAACAAGGCCACUUACCUGCACAACCCUCAGUUCUCCUUUGACGUGACCCUGGACCAUGACUCCGUCCUCAUCUCUUUGGAGCAAGAGGAUCACAGGACUCAGCGCAGCACUGGGGGAGGCGACAACCUGCCCAUUGGGUUCUUUGUAUACAAGGUGGAAGUGAACCGCAAAUAUCGGCUACACUGUGCUGCUAGCAAAGCUUCCUCCUCCGCCUACAUCAACUCCCGCAGUGUCCUCCUGCAUACGGACCUACAGAAAGGGCGAUACGUCAUCUUACCCACCACCUACCACCCCACGCAGACCGGAGACUUCCUCCUCCGCGUGUAUACAGACCGUGCCAGUCAUCUCAGAGAACUGAAGAAAGAUGCCCCCGAGCCCUCCUGCCUGUCCUUCUUCGGCACUGCCCGGGUGGUCACCUCUAUAACGGUGCACGCGGCAUCCGGGCUGGCGGUUCCCGGAGGAAGUAAUGAUCCUUCUGUCUACGUGACGGUAAACUGUGAGGGUCGGAAGGUCGCGUCACGCACAGUGAAGGGGCGGAACCCGGAGUUUGACCUGAAAGCCGUAUUCUACCGCAAACGAGAGAAAAGGCCGAUCGUGGUCCAGGUCUGGCAGUCUCGAUGGGGGAGGGACACCUUAUUGGGCAGCGUGUCCGUUCCUUGCCCCGUAGGAGAAUCCAACCAGGUGUCGGCGCUGAGACUCCAGAGGAAGGACGCGGCGUCGGCUGGAUACGUCAUGGUGGAGACGUCGAGCAGCGCGGAGCUGACUGCGCUGUGACUUCUUCUUCUCUGGGUUGUCGUCUCCUCCUCGCUCUGCACAUCUCCCCCUCCUUCCUGUCUCUCAUCACCUUCGCUCUGCACUUCCUGCACCCUGCACAGAAGACUCGCCAUGGGGAGGAUGCUGGUCAUAGUCGCCCUUCUUCUCGGAGGAGUUUGUCCAGGUAUGGACCAUGUGAC